AUGCCUCAGAAUCCCGACCUCAUUGCUACAAAGACGACGAGCGGAGAUGUUUGGGUGUUUGACAGGACGAAACACCCCAACAAACCCGAGAAGGAGGGAGUAUUCAAACCGGAUAUUAUCCUCAGUGGCCAAAGCAAGGAAGGUUUUGGGUUGACUUGGAACGAGUCGAAAGCAGGUCAUAUCCUUUCUUCCUCGGAAGAUUCGACAGUUUGUUACUGGGAUAUUCAAUCCUACCCUAAAUCACCCUCUCCUUUGACUGCAGUUACCACUUUCAAAGGUCAUGAGAGCUGUGUCAAUGAUGUCUCGUGGAAUGCCUACCAAGAAAAUGUGUUUGCCAGUGUCGGAGACGACGGGAUGCUCGUCAUCUGGGACAUCCGUCAGGGCGACAAGCCUGCGUAUCGAUAUCAAGCUCACGGUGGCGCUAAAUCCGGCUCUCGACCAGAGAUUCUAUCCGUGGCAUACAGCCCUGCAAAUGAGUUCCUGCUCUUGACCGGUGGUGCGGAUCAGGCGAACAAUUGCGCUUCACGAUAUGCGCUCCAUACCUUCCAUGCACAUACGGACGAAGUCAUGCACGUCGUAUGGUCCCCCCACGUUCCAUCGGUAUUUGCUUCUGGAUCUGCAGAUCGUCGCGUGAACAUCUGGGACAUGGCCCAGAUUGGCCUGGAGCAGACUCCAGACGACGCGGAGGAUGGCCCUCCAGAGCUCCUCUUCGUCCACGGCGGACACAUGGCUAGGAUUGCAGACCUUGGAUGGGCUCCAAGCGUCGAGGACCGAUGGACAUUGGUUAGUGCGGGGGAGGACAAUGUCGUCAUGAUUUGGAGUCCGACGUGGCGAAUCUGGGCCAGUGACGAGGUCCGACCAAAGGCAGGCGAGCUCGAACGAGGUUCACGAAAAGGUGCCAAGUAUGUCAGCGAGGAAGAUGAGGAGGAAGGUGAGGAAGAUGAGGAUGCUGAUGAAGAGAUGAGCGGUGAAGGUGAAGGAGAGGAAGAACCGGGUGAAACCGAUACGGAAGCAGGUCGUUCGGCUGCAGGAGAGGAUAUGCGCUCGUCAGUCGCACCAUCUGUCGCCUCGAUGCGUUCUGCCGCAAAGUCGACGCGGGACGCCAUGGACGAGGACUAG